UUAUUCUCGCUCCAGGGCAAUUAAUGUUCGUGUCAAGGUGUUGCCUGCUGAUUGCUCUCGUCGUCCUUUCGAGUGAUGACCCUCAGCGAGUUGCUGCUACUUCCGCUGCUGCUGGUUGUUUGAACUCUCGAUCUUUGACCCGGCGUUUGAUGCUCUUGCCUCUGGCGACAGCCACCGCCAACACCCCCGAGCUUCAAGAUUCGCUGGUCUCCUCGAACCGUCGAAAAAGGGGAGGGGCGGUGGGUUGCGCCGGGGGGAUUCGCAGCAGGUGGUGUGUGGCUUCGUUCGUGCUUCGUUGCCGACCGAAAGCGACAUGUUCCAGAACAAGGACAAGCGCGCGAUCCGGGUGCUGCUGCUCCAUCAGACCACCGACGUCGCAACGACCGUACGCCCAGGCGCGCGUUGCUUGGAGAAGCGGCUGGUCUGGUGCUAGACCCAGAAGGCGUGGCGCAGCGGUGUCGAUGGGGAAGGGUGGGGAUGGCAAUGCUGCGCCAUCAUCGCUCCAGCCGGAGCAGCAGGUUGUCGGCGAGAACCAGUAUGCGAGGCCCGAGGUGCCCAAGUGGAGACAUAAAGCGGUCAUCAUCCCCGGGUUCGCCACGGACGCCCGUGUUUUCGAGAAGCUGUGCCACCGAUUGGAGCGAAGAGGGGUCGCUAGCGUCGUGGUUCCCAUCCGCUGGUACCACUGGCUGCCAACUCUAGGGGGCCGGAGCGUGCGGCCGAUCCUAGAUCGUAUCCACGAGACUGUCAUCAGGUGUGUCUGUGCCCAGGAGCACAAAGACAUGCCGUACGCGUUCAACGAGCCCGGCCUGCAGAGCGAGGUGGCGCCGUACACGGCCGAGGAUUUCUGGGCGGAGAUGGGCGACCCCAAGCGUGGGGCACAUCACAUGGGGCCCAUCGCCCUUCCCGUUCUGCCGCCGAAGCCAUCGAUAGACGAGCGCGUGAUUUUGAUCGCGCACUCCGCCGGAGGCUGGAUGUCCAGAAUAUACCUCUCUGAGGCCUGUUACGACGGGCGAAUAUACAAUGCGUCUCACGCAGUCAACGGUCUCGUCACGCUGGGAACGCCACACGUCCGACUUACGGAUGACAAGGGACAACACCGCGAACUGCCCUUCAGCAGAAACUUCAAGUUUGUGGAAGAGCGCUGCACCGGAGAGAACGGGGGCGACUGGGAGAAGAAAAUACCAACGGUUUGCAUCGGAGGCUCGGCGCUUGAGGGACGGUCAGCCUUCGGAGGCAUAUUCAAGGAUCUGGUUUACCAGAGCUAUGAGCUUUGCUGCGGGGAUGGGUCAGGGAGGGGAGACGGUAUAACUCCACUCAAGAGCGCGUUCGACAUGGCCGGUGCCAAACGCUACGUGGAACUUGAGGUAUACUUGGUAGCAACAACACUGACCAGAGGGACAGAGGGGUGGGUGGGGAGGGAGGGAGCCAGAUAG